AGACUGAGGGGGCGUUUCCGCAUCACACUGUACAGAGAGACGGAGGAUAAAUGUUACUGCAUAUAUUUGCUAUUUAUGGAUUCUAACUUUGUGCCGAUAAAAACAGACGUUUUUAAACUGAAUAACGCAUGGAUAUGAAUAUCGACAAAUAUUUGGAUUUGUGCUGCACUUGAAUCUGAAGGAGAUCGAUCUUUGAAAAUGAACGACUGGAACACUUCAUCUCCACCCAACAGUAGACCCGGAAGUAGUGGCGGUGGCGUUGGUGGAGGCGGAAGUAAAGCGAAACAAAUAAAACUGGUGUUGCUAGGGGAAUCGGGCGUAGGAAAGUCUAGCAUAGCCCUGAGAUUUGUACGUGGAGAGUUCAACGAGAACGGGGAGACAACUAUUGGGGCCGCAUACUUGACGAAGACUAUCAACUGUCAGGGUUGUCCUAUAAAGUUCGAUAUCUGGGACACUGCUGGUCAGGAGAGAUAUCACAGCCUCGCUCCAAUGUACUACAGGGGCGCUCCCGCUGCCGUCGUCGUGUAUGACGUCACCAGCGUAAAUUCCUUCAACAAAGCCAUACUUUGGGUAAAAGAACUUCUACAGCAAGCCAACGCCAUGAUGGUGAUCGUUUUGGCGGGAAACAAAGCCGACAUGGUAACGGAAACGAAAAGUACAAAUGAGGAAGCUCGUAAAUUUGCUGCCGAAAAUAAGCUUAUUUUUGCUGAAACGUCCGCAAAAACGGGGAUGAAUGUGGAUGAUAUAUUCUCACAGAUAGGAAAUGUUAUAGCGAGGCAGCAAGCACCGGUUAGUGAUCGUGAGGGGCGUGGCAACGUGAAGCUCACCAAUAAGAAAGAAUCCAAGGAGAAGGGAUGUUGCUGACGUCAACAGCACCAAGCACUCAGCUUUUGAACUCCAGUCUAAUAUUAAAGAAAAUAACUGUGCAAAGCACUUUCAAUGAAUCUGAAUCAAAUCGGUUCAUAAAAAAUGA